AUGGAUGAUGGUGAUGAUGUGAGAUACCCUGGCGCCCCAGCCUAUGGCUCUUCCCCCUCACCGAGUCCGCUUCAGUCGCAGUUCGACACCCUCUUUGCCGAGUUCGCUCGCUCUCGUCCCCGAGUCUCACCUCCGCGAUCUCCUUCCUCUCUAUCCCACGAGCCGCUGUUUAGGGACGUUGAGAAGAAAACCAUCGACCUCCGCGCGCUCGAUUAUGUGGCCGACUAUGACGGCAAUUUAAUGUGUCCGAUUUGCCACGUCCCUUUCAUCGAGCCCGUUGUCCUCGAAUGCGAUCACACCUUCUGCGACUCAUGCCUGAAAGAAUAUCGAGAAGGAGGUUCUAACGGGGCCCGCAAUCAGUGUCCUUCUUGUCGUUCCUUCGUGCUGUCGACGGCCCACAAGGCCUCCCGAUUGAUCAUCAACAUGUGCAAUGAUAUCAAAGUCAAGUGUCCCAAUGAGGAUUGUGAAGAGGUCGUCGCACGAGGCUACGUCGAGCGCCACGCAACGAAAGAGUGUCCGCAUGAGCGACUUCAGUGCCCGGAUCCAGACUGUGGGAAAUUGGUCAAACGAAAGAAUUAUGUGCCGGAACAGUGCAUCCACACCUCCCACAUUGAAUGCGACUGCGGCGCCGUCAUCGAACUGGGCAAAGGCGAUUGGCUGAGACACAAGGAUGAAGACUGUCCAAACACGGGCGUCAAGUGUAAGCGAUGUGGCCAGAGAAUUUCGGCUAGGGACUAUCUGAAUGGAAUUACCGGCCAUAUCUGCGGCGCCGACGAAGAUCACCUCUGUCCCGGCAGAGGACACGGCUGUACAGACGAUUUCCAUCCCGAUGAUCGCGACCAUCACGUGAAGACAUGUCCGUUGGCUCGCAUGGCGCCGUACCUCAAAAAGCAGGCGCAACUGCUUCAAUCUCUCCAGGAACAGCUUGCCAUGGUCAAAGUCCGAAAUGAAGUUCUCGAGGCUGGCUUUGACAAAAUAAACGACAUUGUCAAUGACCGUGUCCUCCCUCAUAUUGGUCCUUCCGACCAUUCUCAGGCGGGUGAGACUUCGGACAUCGAGGAGAUUGAACGAGAUCACAUCCCCUCAGCCGUAUCUCACCGUGAUCUUCUCAUGCCAGCACAUCUUCGCGCCUUGACACCCUCCCCAGACCCGGAGGCUUCCUCCAUUUCUCAAACACAACAGCACCUCCUUGCGUUGCACGAAUCCUUGCGCGGAACCGUGUCGAAUCUGGAACAUGACGUUUCAACGAUGUCUAAUGCACUCACAGAUCUAGACGCUCGAUCUUCAAUGCAGAUUAUGAAUGAAACACUAAGAAUAAAAGAAGAGUUAGCCCACACCAACGCCGCAUUAUUCAGCACCAGAUCACAAGUGCAAUGGCUUCUAAAUCGCGAACGAGCAGGCCAGCAGCAACAAUCGGGGCCAAUGCGUGGUCGCGCCCCAUCAGCUCAGCCUCAUGCGUCAAAUACGGCGUCUUCGGCGAGGAGCUCAGUUUCCGAAGGUACCAAUGAGCCUGGUCAGGGAUCGAGUUUGGAAGGUCAGCCGUCGGGAAGCGUGAAUCUGGCGGCAAGUCCAAGUUUCCGACCUCAGAUGCGAAGGCUCAGCGGCAGCCAAGAAAGAGUCAAAUUGUGA